CAAGCUGUAGCCAUCCGCUGGUUGCGUUGCUUUGAGGGGCUGACCAGGGAAAGCGUCUGUAGUAACGUAGAGCAGGAGACAGAGGAGAGCGAUCCAUCCUGGGGUACCUGUCCGCGGAGCCAUACUGCACUCAGACUCAUACGAAUAAAGAAUGACAGCUGGCUCAAUAUCGGUUCCACAGAUUAUACCGCUUCGUGUUCCACCCCCUGGUAGAAGCAAAUAUGAGAUUGACACCAACACAUCAAUCGAAAUUAAAUCAGAUUCCCGAGAUGUCACAAUAUUCUAUACAUUGGAUGGGAGCAAACCUGAUUUAUAUAAGAAAAUCGGCUUUGGAGAAAAUGCUACUUUGAAGUACAAAGGGCCAUUUACUUUGCCUGAUGGUAAAAUAACAGUGAAGGCAUUAGCUGCUACUAGGGAUGGCAGAGAAAGUGGGACUGUAACAAAAAUAUUCAUGGUGGAGUUUGUGCCACCCAUUAUAGAAUCAUCAGAUGAAGACAAUGAUGAAAACUUCCUGAAGGAUCUCUCUAAACAGGAUUUUGGAAUAAGCUUAACUUCUACAAAAACAAAAAAGAAAACUAGACCAUCCGAGAGAACGUCUGUUUGGGAUGAGACUGUGCAAACUAUGAAAGAUUCUGAGAUAGAUGGAAGAAACAGUCAUAGAUCUUUCAAGGAACCACGUUUCAUGAAUAGCCGCUUAGGAAAACCAAAUCCUGGAGAAGAGCCUGUGUCCUCACUACAGACCCAGAGAUCUCAGAUGAAUGGCUUUACAGAACCUAUUGUUGCAAAGAGUCUAACCAGCACCCAAGCCAUGAGAAUCCUGAAGGAAACCGAUUUCCUCAAGUGUGCUCACUGCCUAGCCUCUCGGCCUUCUGACCCAUUUGCUCGCUUCUGUCAGGAAUGUGGCGCUCCUGUCCCACCAGUGCCUGGACGGCGUCUGCCACCUCCCGAGGGAGCUCAGAUGGGUUUGUGUGUGGAGUGCAGGAGUAUGGUCCCAAUGAACACACCUUCCUGCAUUGUGUGUGAAGCACCCCUGUCUGCACAAAUGCAACCACAAGCCAGUAUCAAUUUAAAGGACAAAGCAAUUUGCCGAUUUUGUGGAACUGGAAAUCCUAUCAAUCUAAAGCACUGUGUGACAUGUGAGGCUAAACUACCAGUCACUCAAACGCCUAUAUACAGUGGGGAGUCUGCACCGCCUUUACCAAACCAGCAGGGGAAGAUGCAGUCUUGUUCCAAGUGUGGCCGCGUGAAUCUUUGUGAUGCCCGGUUUUGUGAUUGGUGUGGAGCAAAGCCUGGCCUCUCUGUGCAUUAUCUUACUUGUUCGAAGUGCAGUGCUAGCAACCAUCCCUAUGCCCACUUCUGUUCCUCUUGUGGAGUUUAUCUAGAACCUCCAGCAAGAUAUUCAUCCCAGAACGGCAGGGUGCUAAGCAGCAGAGAGCUCAUAGCAUCAUUUACUGGGGAGGGGGGAAAUCAUACGUCCUGGCAACCCAUCACUCUCUCAUUGCCAAAGGGAAGGCUUGAAUCUGAAAACAUUGACAAAGGGACCCAGACAGUCGGAUUAUUUUACCCUUCUAGCAAACUAAUAGAAAAAAAGGAAAUUGAAUUGUUAUCAGAGAAAGAAAAAAAGGAGAAGAUGAGUGAUAGGAAGCCACUGGUGACAGCCAUUAGUCCUGGCAGAGGGUAUUGGAGACAGCAACUGGACCAUAUCUGUGCUCACCUUCGCUGCUACACACAGAAUAACUCUGAAUUUAAGGCUUUGAUCGGACAGCCCCGGAUGGGAAGGAUUAUUUCAGCUACCAUGCAUGAAGAUGGUUAUGAAGUCAGUCUGAGGUUGAAUUAUGUUUUGGUAACGGAUAAGAAUGUCCUUACUGGAAAGCCGAUGAAGUUCUCUGGAAAUCACUUCCUGAGUUCAGUCACAGAAGGGAGAGAUGAAGACACCCAAUCUAGCAUUGCAAGUGAGGAUGGUCAAAGUGCCAGAAGCAGCAAUGGAAAAUCAAAACGCACAAAGAAAAAAAACAGAAAGCCGUUGCAGAAAGAGGACAGACUUUCCCCUGAAGAUCGAAAGCUCCUCAAGGAAGUUGGCCCAAAGGGAGAAGGGGACAUUUCAAAUGUGGAAGAGCUCUUAGAUGAGGGUGCUGAUCCUAAUUGUACCAAUAAUGAGGAUCGUCCUGUGCUGACAGUGGCAGUCCUCAACGAUCAUCACAAAGUAAUACCGGUCCUUGUACAGAAAGGGGCUGACAUUGACCAGCAAUCUGGGCCACACAACAAUACAGCCCUACAUGAGUCGGUCAUGCUUGGUUUGGUUGGGAAGAGAUGUACAGAGGUUCUACUGGGGUGCAAUGCAAGUAUAAAAAAGAAAAAUGACAAAGGUCUGACUGCGCACGACCUGGCUCUGAAAUCUGGAAAUGAUGAAAUUUCUUCUCUGUUCGCAUCCAAACUCGGACAAGGCAUGUUGGACAAGCUAAUCAAGCCAAAGGGCAUCAGCCUAGAUGUCUUUUAAUACAGAGCCAUUACUUAACAAUGCUUAAUAUGCGUGGGGUAUGACAAUUAAAUGAGCCUUUAAUUGAAAAGGAGUAUGGGCUAAGCAUUUUUGUGAUUUUUUUUUUUUUUUCUCUCUGUCACUUGAAUCAAAAAGUAUAGCUAACAUUAGCCACUGUAUAGAAAUCUUUAUUUGGCAGUUCUCCGGGUAAAUGACACUCCAGAUCGUAGGGUUUUUAAUACCAUUUUGUGGUCAAGAUGCAGAAUGCCAGGGUUGUGUAUGGGAACUUUCUCCAUUAUUUGCAUUGCAUGUCAUGAAUAAGAUUAUCUGAGUGAGAGCAGUAU